AUGCCUCUUCGUAUCAUCAAAAUCAACCCCUUAUCAAUCUAUUCCAACAAAGUGACUAAAGAUUCAAGUGCAUUAGUUUCACCAUAUCCAAGACCCCCUCUCUUAGGAUUUGUCCAUGUGGAAGACUGCAGGAUCCAUAAACUCCAAAUCACCACCCAGAAGAGGAAUUUGACUCAUCACUUGAAUGGAGCUUCUAUAGAUCAUCAUCCAAAUGCACCAAAAUCUAGAGUAAGACCCACUAUUAAUGAAGGUAUUCUACAGGGCCAGGAUGCUUGUCGUUUGGAUAUGGAGCCAUUGAAGAACUUGGACCCUUCUGUGUCAACAGUGAUGGAAAAACACUCUACCCCAACCACUAUGCAUGGAACAAUGAUGACAGUGGCCAAUGUACUAUUCUUGGAGUCGCCAGCUGGAGUGGGAUUCUGGUAUUCAAACAGAUCAUCUGACUACACGACAGGCGAUAACCAGACAGCUAAAGAUUCUUACACUUUUCUAGUCAACUGGCUUGAAGGAUUCCCCGAAUACAAAAUCCGAAGCUUCAGAUAUCCAAAGCUUCAGAAGAUGGAGGGCCAAGUGCCAAAGGUUGUUCCUGUUGAGUCAAGUAAGAUCCCAGCUGUUGCCUUAGGGUCUUCUGAAAGUGGACAUGUGCCAAUCUUGUUGACUUCCAAGGACACAUCUGCAUCCAAGAAACCAUCAGUAUCACCUUCACUAGGGGAAUAUUUGUCCGAAAAAAGAUCCUAUUUUGAUUCCAUCACAAGAUUCACAACUGUCUUAUCCAAUAGCAUCAGAGGAGCGCCAACCUUUGUCAUCAUCAGUUUCUGCACACUGUUUGUGGAUACUCUUCAAAGAGUAGGAGCAAAAGCAGAGUUGAUGUUGUAUGAGGGGAAGACUCAUACUGAUGUGUUUGUUCAGCUUCAAGAUUGGAAUAAUAGAAGGCAAUUUUUACACCCUGGUAACUUCCAUACUGAUGGUGUUAAUGAUCACUUCAUUUCUCAGGCGAUGACUGAAAACACAAGGGCAUAUGACAUACUGAAACAAGCUCCUUUCUUGGUGCCAUUUACAAGUAGAGUUAAAUUAUUCACAUCACAACUUGCUGCAAUUAAGGAAAGGCCAGGGUCUCAUUCUCUUUUAAAUAGAAGCACUUUUAAAAGAUUUUCUAGAUUAUCAAGAGGCAAUAUAAUCAUGAAAGAUGGUCAACAGUUGAGAAACGAAGGAUCUAAUGGCAUCUUCAAGAAUGCUAAGAACAUUGAGCGCCUAAAGAAGUACUUUGAUAUAUGUGGUGGUCCAGCAAGCUUUAUUCAGGGUUGGAAGGAACUGGAACUGGCCUUGUUGUACAUGAGAAAGCUCUUGGAAAGUGAAUUGAAUUUGGCUAAGUCAUUAUUAAGUGAGAUGGGCCAAUGUACAACUACUUAUCCAUAUAAUCAGCAGUUUGGAGCAUUAGUCUUAAAGAAUUAUGAAAGGCAAGAUGCAACUUUACUUAGUUGA